AUGUUGCAAAAGCUAUUUCGUACAAAAUCCGUUGUUAAAGAUGUCGAAGAUGCUAAACAUACACAAGCUCUUUUGAAAGCUGAGCCCUGGUCAUCGCCAGCCUUCAAUCCCUCACAAAUCCGCGUGAUCCUAUGCCAAGACACAGGUGACAAAACCAAAUUAACCCUAUUCGACUCGGCGUAUUCGCUAGGCCCAAGCUCGCCCGAAGAACGCACCGUAGGAUUCUCGUCAUCGUGGAGUGGUGUCGGGUUUCUGAGUGGUGGUUUUUUGACUUCGUCCUCGUCGUCGAAUCAGUCGCCAUCGGUGUCAUCCAAAACUCGUGCGAUUAAUAUCGCGAGUAAUGCUAAUACUAUUCAUCAUCCUAUUAAUUCUGCAUCUAUUAGCAAUCAAAAUAGUCAUCAUCACUCUAACCAUCAUACGCAUCAUCCACAUUCAAAUCAUAAUCACCAUGGUGAUAGUAACAAUUUUAUCGAGGGAAAAAGACGUAGUUUUGAUUCAAAUAGCAACGCUAAUAAUAAAUCUAGUGUGCGUACUCUUCCGCCAUCGCUUAAUCGUAAUAACAACAUGCUGGUUAUGCAAAGAAAGGCGUCUCACAACAUCGAUCUAAUCGGCGAGAUGAUGUUUGGUGCUGUUCCAUUAUCAUACAAAGGAAUGACUACCAAAAUCCACUACAUGAAAUCGCCAAAGCCACAAAUUCUUCUGACAAAGUUAUUUUCUAUAAAUACGAACGACUUGGAGCAUUAUUCGCCCGCACGACAACCAUACUCUGAAUCGAGUGACGACGAAUCGCUUCGAUUACCCAUCUACUCGUCUCCACCGUCAAUUUUUCAUCCGGGUCCGCCGAUACUAGGACUACGUACGAGCGGGAUCUCUAUAUCGUCAACUACUUCGUCGCUUUCGACGUCGCCUCGAAACACAUUUACUAAUCGUAGGAUAAGACGGUUUAGUCAAACUAGUAUGGAAAAUGGUGUGUUCAAUCCGACUCCAUUGCCCGGGAGUUUGUCGCGUACUGAUUCAGCGAAUCUUGAAGCAUACAUCACGCUCUAUUAUGUACGCUGUGGGAGUCGUGAUAAGCUUGGAAGACAACGAACUCCUAGAGGAGUUUCUAUUCUCACAUUUCGCAUUACUGGAAAACAGACUACAUCAACUUCAACAAAAAAAUUAAAUAAUGUGGUUGGAAGUAAAUCAUCAUCUGAAACUUUGUGUGCAAACACAAGCGGUUAUCAAUCCAUUACUGCGGCGCAGAACGGUGAUAGUCAAGAAAAAUCAGAGUUUUCAAGAAAAUCGAUAUCAACAAUAAACACUAGCUCAUCAAAUGUGUCACCCAUCGAAAAUAAAACAUCCGCAAAGACACACAUAAAUCAUAAUAGUAGUAUAAAUUCUCAAGCUGUAGAUCUUUGUAUGGAUCAGUUCAUGGAUGUACCGAUGCCAAAGUCACAAGUUUCCGCAACUAUUCCCGACUCAUCAUCAUCAUUACACACAAAACAAAGUUCAACAAAUGGCAAUAAGUCCACUAAGACGACAACCACCACAGCAAAACCCUAUUCAUAUCGUGCAGACGAAUUAUACGUAAAGUCUUAUGGUCGUUCGUUGAUGGUUGGCUUGUGCGAUUCUUAUAUGUCGGAUUUUGUGCUGAUGGGAUUACCGCGUUUCGAUUUUCAAGAUUUAUUGGAAACUGAUUUAAAAGAUUCCGUGCAGCAAUUUUCAUUGCCAGACGAACCGGUGACACGAUCUUUUUGUAUAUUAGGAAACCUCAAUAACCUGAAUUGUACCGUACUUGGCUACGAAGCUUACAAUCAUCCUAAUCACCAUCCGAAUUCAACGGUUCCAAAUCAAUCAUCGUCAUCAACUAGGAGAGUUAGCAUCGAGGGAGACCAGAUUCGGGACGGACCAAUGAUUUGUCAUCGACCUCAAAUGUCUAAUUAUGUUUAUACGUUACUACGUGAAUGCAAAAAUUUGUUCGUGAAAAUGAAUAUGCCAGCUGAUUCGGCAAGUAUCUAUAUAUGCCUUGAUUACUUGGAAGACCAACUUCGGAUACUAUACCUAAAGUCGUUAAUGUACAAAAAACUGUUGCUCAAUAUCCGCACAGCGUCAAAAACCCCACAGAUUUAUCAAGUCCCGUCCACAAAAGACACGCAACCAAUUGAUUUAUGUUCGAUCUUGGGAUUACACGAAUCCGAUAUGGCGCUUGUUGACGCCAUUAGUUCGACCUUUUAG